GUCUGCGAACUGCGCCAAUUUAAAGUAGAUGGAAUUUAAAUUUGGAUCCAAUAGAAUUGCGGCAAUUUGCGAACCUCUGGCCUUGGUUGGGAGUUUGUAGAGAGAUCGGAGGCGAUGUUGCACGAACUAUUGCUGGCACUCUUGGGCUACACCGGUGAUCUCAUAAUCGACGAACGAGAGCAGCACAAAUCUCUCGGUAUUAACCUCUCGCCCGAUGCUCCUGUCUCAGAGGAUCGCACCUUCAAGCUCGCUCCUGAUCUCUCCUUCAUCCACCCUAGCGAAAGGGAUCUUAUUGAGAAGGUCAUUACCUUAGGAUUUUACUACAGGGAACUUGAUAGAUUUGCAACGAAGUCUCGGGAUUUGAGUUGGAUAAGGUCUACAAAUGUUUCUCCUUUGUCGAGAACAUCUGAGUUAUUGAAAGGGAAACCACAGAAGUCGAGUGCGUAUGGGAGGGCCAUUGCCAAUGGCAUUGUUGAGAUACUGUCAGUAUACCGUUCUGCUGUUCUGCAUAUUGAGCAAAUAUUGUUGUCCGACCCUACACCUAUCUUGGCAACUGUCAUUCAAGGUCUUAAUAAGUUCUUUGUUCUUUUGCCACCUCUCUACGAGCUUAUUUUGGAGAUUGAGCGUGAUGAUAUCCGUGGAGGACAACUUCUUAACCUUUUGCACAAACGGUGCCACUGUGGGGUGCCUGAACUGCAGGCAUGCAUUCAAAGGCUUCUCUGGCAUGGGCAUCAAGUCAUGUAUAACCAACUUGCUUCUUGGAUGGUUUAUGGAAUUCUUCAAGACCAGCAUGGAGAGUUUUUUAUUAGGAGGCAGGAAGAUAGGGAUGUAGAGCAUGAGGCAUCUCCUUCAGAUAUGGUUGAAAAGCUGGCGCGCAUGUCAACUGAUGAUGCAUCUUUAACAGAUUGGCACUUGGGAUUUCAUAUAUUUUUGGAUAUGCUUCCAGAUUAUAUUCAUAUGCGUGUUGCAGAAUCAAUUCUUUUUGCUGGUAAAGCAAUCAGGGUUCUUCGGAAUCCAAGUUCUGCAUUUCGAUUUCAGGAUACUUUAAAUCAUCAGCAGAUACCAAAAGGAUCACACAGAGUUCAAGGACUUACAGGAAGAUUCUCUUUCCAGAAAGAGCCUUUUAUGGAUAUGCAACUGAUUGGAGAAGAAUUACUUCCACAAUCCGAGGCUGAUAAGAUUGAAGCUAUGCUUCAAGAGCUGAAGGAAUCAUCUGAGUUCCACAAAAGAUCAUUCGAGUGUGCUGUUGACUCUAUUAGGGCCAUUGCAGCGAGUCAUCUUUGGCAGCUCGUGGUUGUACGUGCUGACUUGAAUGGACACCUGAAGGCCCUUAAAGACUACUUUCUUUUAGCAAAAGGAGAUUUUUUCCAGUGCUUCCUUGAGGAGAGUCGCCAGAUGAUGCGUUUACCACCUCGCCAAUCAACUGCUGAAGCUGAUCUUAUGGUUCCAUUUCAGCUGGCUGCGAUAAAAACUAUUGGUGAUGAAGACAAAUACUAUUCAAGAGUAUCCUUGAGGAUGCCUUCAUUUGGAAUCACAGUAAAAUCAUCCCAGGCAGAUUUACCAAAGGAAAAAACUUAUGCUGAUGGAAUCUUGGGUUCUUCAGAGAUGUCCCUUGAAGGCUGGGAUGGUAUUGCUCUUGAAUAUUCUGUUGAUUGGCCCUUACAGCUGUUCUUUAGCCAAGAAGUUCUCUCUAAGUAUCGCAGGGUCUUCCAAUAUUUGCUUCGACUUAAGCGAACACAAAUGGAAUUGGAGAAGUCCUGGGCUUCUGUGAUGCAUCAAGAUCACACAGAUUUUGCCCAACAUCGUAAUGACCAUAUAAACUGCACAGUAUCUCAGCAGCGACGGCAACGAUCUAGGCCAAUGUGGCGCAUUAGAGAGCAUAUGGCAUUCUUGAUCAGAAACCUUCAAUUUUAUAUCCAGGUGGAUGUGAUAGAAUCUCAGUGGAAUGUACUGCAAACUCAUAUUCAAGAGUCUCACGAUUUCACUGAACUUGUAGGCUUCCAUCAAGAGUAUUUAUCUGCUCUGAUUUCACAGUCUUUCCUGGACAUUGGUUCUGUGUCACGGAUACUGGACAGCAUAAUGAAACUUUGCCUGCAGUUCUGCUGGAACAUUGAGAAUCAAGAAAGCAGUUCAAACACAUCUGAACUGGAACGUAUAACAGAGGAAUUCAACAAGAAAUCAAACUCGCUUUAUACUAUACUGCGCAGCAGCAGGCUUGCUGGGAGUCAACGCGCCCCAUUUCUCAGGCGAUUUCUUCUGCGUCUUAACUUCAAUUCCUACUUUGAGGCAACUGCAAGAGGUGUUCUUAAUGUUGUUAGAUCACGACCAUCGUCGCUUCCUGUUUAGUAGCAACAGCAGCAUUCAUUUACCAAAAAAGCCUCAUAGCUGCUAAUGCGAUCCGAUCUAGCCAACUGCCAUGUGAGCACUGUUUCAUCGCUUGUUCAUGAGAGGCCAUCUUGAAUGUGCAUGUCCAUUCUCCACUUGAUGAUUCUCCACUGACCAUCCCCGGCAAAUUAGGUGGUGCUGUUGGUAGCUGUAUUGAGGUUUUCCAGUCUAUUGUUAGCUUCUCAGCAUGAUGACCAUCCAGUCACCAUCACCUCAGUCAUGUGGUGCUUGCUUUUGGUAGCUGGUCUCUUAGUAUCUGUUUAUAGCUUGUUUGACUCCCAGAUGCCUUCGCAAUUAGAUUGUGCUUAUGGUAGUUGGUUAUGCUUAUUGGUGUCUGCUAUUCCACAUUUUUUACUGUCCAUUGACCAUCCCUUGGCAUUUAGGUAGCAAAUAUGGUAGCUGCCUUGGGGCGGCUGGUCUGUGCUAAUAUUUUCGUCUACCAAAGUUUUUUUAUCUGUAAAAUAUAUGAUUUUUGUAUUUGUAUCGGGAUUUGAACUGAUUAACUUAUUUUAUUUGAAAUUAAACACAUGAUUAUGUGAAAAGAAGGAUGAUCAGAUGAGCUUA